GCCAGACGGCGAGGCAAGGCUUCAGGAAAGACACUCAUCCACCCGAGCCAACACCGUACACCUUUUGGAAGAUCUUCACCAUGAGGCAGUCGCGCCUGUCCAUCAUCUUUGCUGUAGCGCUCUUUUUCAAGUGCUACGCUCUGACAGUGGCAUUACCCACGACCAAGGCUGAAGACGGCUCCUUGGAGCAGGAUGCUUUUACCUCCCUGCUGAACGAUGAGGCCACGGAAAACAGCCUAGGCGAUGCAGAGCUGUCCUCCAUGACCAAAUCCAGAGCUCCGAAGGUAAUCGUCAUCGCCGCUGAUGCAAACCUGUGGAGGGACCUGCGGGUGGUGCACAACGGGCUACCCCUCUACAAGCGGAGAGUCGACGAAAACAACCAGGUCGUCGAGCACAAAGAUGUUGGACAGGACCUGACCAUCCCCAUCCACAGGAGGGACACCAUGAGGUGCAUGGUGGGACGAGUGUAUCGGCCAUGCUGGGAGGUGUAGGACAGUUUGCUCUUCUCCUCAAGGAGUCCAAACAGAGGAUAGCUGUCAAGUGACCUCACACUCAGUUGCAAACUAAUCCAAAAAUGUGUGUAUCUAUAGAAAAAUCACUGGAGAGCUGAAAAUAAAAAUGAUUUAAUUCUA